AUGAUCGCCAACUUAGACGAAUCCAGGCCAGGGUUUGGGACCUUUCUGUGGAUCCUGAUUUGCUGCCAGUUCUUUACGCUUGCAACUCUUUUCAGCGCCCAUGCCCUGGCAACGCAGGACAGCCAAAUGUGGCCGGAGGUGGAUGCGGAGCUGGUGCCGCUGCUGCCUGAGGUGGCUGAUGCUCUCGACUGGGUCAGCCAAAGCGAUAGCUUCGUAGACUCCUACGUCUUCCAAGACGUGUUGCUCUUCAACUCCCAUGCCGACGGCGUUGAAGGACUUCUGGCCACCAACUUGUCCGAACCUGGCUUUGUCACGCAAGUGGUUCAGCCCGGCGUUCUUUCGGGUGCCCGCGGUUACACCGAGUUCGAGGACAAGCUCUACUUUGCUGCCACGACGCCGAGCGGUGAUGAACUUUGGUGCUGGGAUGGCACCGACGCUCCGAACGCCAGCAUUCAGCAAGUGCAGAGCUUCAGCAAUAGGCUGAGCCUGCGCAAUUUCCGAGUCCAUGGCGGCGUCCUGUACAUCAAAGUGUCCUGGCUCGUUUGCGGCUCCUGGACUCCCGGUGUGUUGCAGCUGCAGAACGACUCAGUGGCCCUGGUGGGAGGAUCUCUUUGCUGCUCUAGGCCCUCACAGAGCAGUCUGAUCGGUGAGCUCUGUUUGGCGCUGCUGCCUCUGGUGGGCCUCUCCGCCUGGCUAAUGAGGUCGCUCCCUGGGCUUUGUGUGAUCUUCUUCUUCAGCGUCUACGGCAUCAUCGUCAUCAUCCGGCUGCUGAUCGUCCCAGAUCUGGAGGAGCUCCGAGAGUUCCUCCUUACGUCCUUCGCAGCCUACAGCUCUGUCGGCUACGCGCUCGCGAUGAUACUGCAUAGCUGUGGCCGAGAAGACGCGUGGAUGGAGGACUUGAAACGCUGGUCCACUGUCCUGGUGUCGGUUUGCUUCUGCGCCGCAGCACAGCUGCGCCUGGAAGUCCCUGAGGCAGUUGAGGCCUGGCGCUGGGUUGUCUUUGCAGCUUGUGGCUGUGCAUUGCAGCUGCUGGGCUCUCUCGCCAGGAGGAGAUUGCCCGUGCUGCUGGGAUACUUAGUCUUGCUGCUCGUGCUGGCCAAGUUGACGCUGGAGGUUCUGGACAACCUGACACCGCUGCGGAGCUCUGGGCUCGCGGUCCAACGUGCCAUUCAGCUGACCUCUCUUGCGGUCCUCGUCGGUGUUGUCCCAUCGCCUGAGUCUGUGCCAUACCUUGCCUUGAAGCCUCGGAGCGUGCAUCCUGCACCCGAUGAGGCAGGCUCAGAUGCCACCAACAAGCGCAAGGUGGAGCUUGCUGAAGAAGACCGUGAAAUGUACGAGAAGACCAACAACAUGAAGAACACGAUGCAGCAUCAGCUCCAGGCGAGCGACGCCGAGCAGGUGCCCCAGGCCGGAGAAGUGCACGCCAACGCGAUGCUGGAGCUUGAGGAGGAGUCCGCGGCAGCAUCUGAUGAAGAGGUGUGA